CUUAAUAUUGGGAUUUGGGGACCCUCCACGCUUCGCCUCAAAUGAUUGGGCAGGAGCGCGCGUCCUUCGCUCGUGCCCCAUCUUGUAUCUGAUUGGGCGGGUGGAAGCCCACCGCGCUCCCGCAGCACGUCGAUGCUUUGCGGAAAAUGCCCCUCCCCUUUCUCCAUUGGCCAUCGGGAGCCCUGCCUAAUGGUGUGGUUGGUUAGCGACUCCUGCCUCUCAAGCCGUGGUUGCUGCUGCUGUUGCUGCUGCUGCAAGCCUUGUACCGCUGCCCGGCCCGGCAUGGCGGGUAGCGGGGCAGCCAGAACUCGAGCCUGGAGGAAGCGUGGCCGAGAUCCCCACGCUGCUCCGGUCUUGUAGAAGAGCCAAUCCCAUAUGAAGAUGGGACUUCUGGUGUUUAUGCGUAACCUGCUACUAGCCCUCUGUCUUUUUCUGGUGUUGGGAUUUCUAUAUUACUCAGCUUGGAAACUGCAUCUUCUCCAGUGGGAGGAUUCAAAUUCAGUGGUUCUUUCCUCUGACUCCGUUGGACGUUCAAUAGGCUCAGGAAGGAGAGAAAGAAAAUCCACGCCCCUUGUGCCUCUGUCAUCAGUCCCAUCACACCUUGCUGCAGAGCUGGAAACAGGCAAAGCUCAGAAAGAACCUGUGACUCUUCCACGCCCAACCAUUCCUAAAUAUGACAAACUGGGAUUUCUCCUGAAGCUGGAUUCCAAACUGCCUCCAGAGCUAGCAUCAAAAUAUGCUAACAUCACAGAGGGUGUUUGCAAGCCUGGUUAUGCAUCUGCACUUAUGACUGUCAUCUUCCCAAAGUUCUCCAAGCCAGCACCAAUGUUUUUGGAUGAUUCCUUCAGAAAGUGGGCACGGAUCCGGGACUUUGUACCUCCCUUUGGCAUUAAAGGACAAGAUAAUCUGAUCAAAGCCAUCCUGUCAGCAACCAAAGAUUACCGCCUUACUCCAGCCCUUGACAGUCUCAGUUGCCGGCGAUGUAUUAUUGUGGGAAAUGGUGGAAUUCUAGCAAACAAAUCAUUGGGAUUGAAGAUUGAUGACUAUGACAUUGUUAUCCGGCUGAACUCUGCUCCAGUGAAAGGCUUUGAAAAGGAUGUUGGUGGUAAGACAACCAUGCGCAUAACAUACCCGGAAGGGGCCAUCCAGAAACCAGAGCAGUAUGAAAAAGAUUCCUUGUUUGUGCUGGCAGGAUUCAAGUGGCAGGAUUUCAAGUGGCUGAAGUAUAUUGUUUACAAGGAAAAAGUGAGUGCCUCUGAUGGCUUUUGGAAGUCUGUGGCAACCCAUGUUCCAAGAGAGCCUCAUGAGAUCCGGAUCCUGAAUCCAUAUUUCAUCCAGGAGGCAGCCUUCAGCUUUAUUGGCCUUCCCUUCAACAAUGGCCUGAUGGGCAGAGGGAACAUUCCUACUCUGGGAAGUGUAGCAAUAACUAUGGUGCUCCACAAUUGUGAUGAGGUAGCGGUGGCUGGAUUUGGUUAUGACAUGAAUUCGCCAAACGCACCACUGCAUUACUAUGAGAACAUCAAGAUGUCUGCAAUCAAAGAGAUUUCUGGGCAUGGUUCAUUGAGAAGUAAUACUUUUCACUCCAUUGAGAAGUAGCUCUGUAAAAUAAAACACAGCCAAGAUUCAUAAAGCGUUUGGUUUGUUUUAAAGUAGAUCGGAAACACAGGUAUAGUUAAAAUGACUAUCUGUAAUCCAGACUUGAGGAUACUCAAAUUUUUCUUUGCUACCUUAUCACUUGAGACUUCAGAACACUUGUUAAUCUUAUCUUCCUGUAGUUGUGGCGAGAGAGAAAGCCAGUCCACUCCCCCCACCCCAAACAACAAAGAUUAUUGAAGAACUUUAAGACUAGCAGAUAUAUUGUACCGUAAGCUUUCAUGGUCUAUGGUCCACUUCAUCAUAUGCACUAAUUAUUAUUUUCAUUACAGAUAUUCUCUACAGAUAUAUCUUGUAUACUUUUAAGCUUUACAUAGAAUUGUCACAGAAGUCCUAUUACAUGUUAAGUUCAAUGUAUGUACAAUCUAUACAGUAUAUACACACACAUAGAUUUCUACACACGUACAAUUCACACCUUACGCUCAAUGCAUGCAUAGUAUGCAUGUACUUUCUGUCUGUAUCAUACAUUUGAGGGAUCUGUGCCCAGGUUUACCUUUAAUGUGAACACAUGUAAAGUCAGUCACAUGAAAAUUACUUAACUAGAGCAUUAAAUUAAAUUUAUUUAUUUAUUUAUUUACAUUUAUGUCCCACUCUUCCUCCAAGGAGCCCAGAGCAGUUUACAUGCUUAUUACAUGCUUAUGUUUAUCCUUGCAACAACACUUUGAGGUAGGUUGGAAAGGAAAGAUUGCGCCGUUGAGUCAGUGUUGAUUCCUGGCGACCACAGUGCCAUGUGGUUUUCUUGGUAGAAUACAGUGAUGGUUUACCAUUGCCUUUCUUCUGAGCAGUAUGAGAGGAUGCCUUUGCAGUUGUCACUGAAGUGAGCAUCUGCCUCCAGCACCUUCCUAUACUGCUGCCGCCCAAUAUAGGUGACUACAAAUAUAUAUUGGUUCAAGAAGGAACCUGGGCCUCCCAGCUCCUAGGGGCCCCCCAGCUCCAUCCUCCCUAUUUUCUUCAUUAUCUCCCUCACUCUAAAGGGCUGCCAGGGAGACGGAUGGACACGGGCCCCCUCUCUCCUAGCUACACCCCUGCUAGGCACAGUCUCGGAAGCACACCGGUAGGGAUUUGAACUAACAGCCUCUUGCUCCCUAGGCAAGCUGCUUCCCUGCUAGGCUAAGCUAAAUGACCAGCCCAGAGUCACCCAGUAAGUUUCAUGGCUGAGUGGGGAUUUGAACAGAUAUUAAGGUCAUUCACAUGACCUCAGCCACAUAGCUUGGAAGGAUUGGCAGGGGGGAGGCAGGAGCUUGUCUGCCCUCCCUCCAGAUGAAUGGUGGCUUUCUUGGGCUAAGUCAUGUUGCGCGCCCACACAAGCAGCACCACAGCAGAGUCCCAAGCUGGGAUUGGGAGGAUGACAUCCUCCCACAUCCCAGUCUGCCCUGCACAAACAGCGGAGUGGCAGCUCUCAGCAGAGCAGCCACUCCAUUCUAUGUGGCCACUCCUUCUCCCCGGCUCACUGCCCAAAAUGGCAGCAGGCCAGGGGAAGUCCAGCUACCUGGCGGCAAUUGCACACACUAUCACCUGCCCAGGUAGAAUGAAACAAUGGUCAUCAUUGAUGGUUUGUUCUACCUCAGUAACACACCAGGUAGAAUAGGCAGGCUACCCACUACUGCUACAAAUGUUUUUGUGCAAAUGAACCUGGGGAGAGAUGCCCUCACAUAUGGGGAGGAAGUAUACUGCUAUAUGUGCAUUGAACAUAAUAUGUGUACAUGCAUACAAAACUGUAUGUGUAUAAAAUGUAUGCAGAUUGGAUGUGCAUUGAACAAUGUGUAAAUAAGGCUUCGGACACUUGCAUUAUCUGGCCAUUUGAUGCCAUGACUUGUGGUUUCCCCCCACUCUACUGUGUACCCCUCACCCUUGCAUACAAUCUGAUGAAGUUGAUUGUAGUCCACAAA